AAAGCUUUUACAACGCCAGCAGCAAAAUUACACGAAAAAGAAAGAAAAAAAAAUUGAAAACAGAAAAUUAAAGCAAGAAAAAUUUCAAGAAAUUCAUUUUACGAAUGCCAGAAAUAUGAAAAAGAGAGAACAGAACGCGGACUUACCCAAUCAUAGCUGAGAUUCUCAAUCUUUAGAGUAAUUUUUUGGCCCUUUUGGGGGUGGCGAAAGAUUUUAUUUUUUUGUGGGUUUUUUUACGUUGUUCGUGUUGGGGGAAAUUUGAUUCAGCUCACGACAUUGAGGGGAAUACAAAACAGCUAAAUUUUUUCUCCCCAAAUUCAAUCGAGAUGGCGUUCAAUAUCACGUGGGCUUCGUUCAUCAGAUUUUUCUUGCUUUUGCUGCUGCUCGCUGCUAUUGUGAUUGCUUGCUUCACUCUCCCCGUUGAAAAGAUGCUUAGUGAUUUCUUGGUAUGGGUAGAGGAAGAUCUUGGUCCUUGGGGUCCUCUGGUGCUAGCUGUGGCUUACAUUCCUUUAACAAUAUUGGCGGUACCAGCUUCCGUACUUACACUCGGUGGUGGCUAUCUUUUUGGCUUGCCAGUCGGAUUUGUUGCUGAUUCAGUUGGGGCUACAAUAGGCGCUGGCGCUGCGUUUCUUCUUGGGCGAACUCUAGGGAGGUCGUUUGUCAUGGCCAAGCUGAAAGACUAUCCACAGUUUCGUGCAGUCGAGAUUGCAAUUCGGAGGUCCGGAUUUAAGAUUGUCUUGUUGCUCCGGCUUGUUCCGUUGCUUCCGUUCAACAUGCUGAACUACCUCUUAUCCGUGACUUCAGUCCCACUAGUUCCGUAUUUGCUGGCAUCGUGGUUGGGCAUGAUGCCUAUUACUCUUGCAUUGGUAUAUGUUGGAACGACGUUGAAGGAUAUUUCAGACGUGACGCAUGGAUGGAGCGGAUUUUCUAAAACCCGUUGGGCAUUUAUCGUGUUGAGCCUUGUGGUGUCGGUUGUGUUAAUGGUCAUUGUGACACGAGUGGCAAAAGCUGCUCUAGAGAAAGCGUUGGCGGAGAACGAGGACUCCGAUCGCGAACCCCGCCUCGCCGGAACUUACCGGUGGCAGGCCGGCUCCACGGAGAAUCUGCGCCAGCCACUUAUAGUCAAGGUCGAUAGCCCUCAAGACAAUCAAGAAUAGCAAGUCCCCCAUUUCAUCUGUACAUUCCCACCACCACCGCCGCCGCUUCCUCUCGAGAGAUGCGUUUCCCGUUGCGCCCUCGAGCGUGCUCGUGAUUUCGCAGAACUCGUCGUGGUAACGACGACAAAAAAUUACUUCGUUGGUUUAUACAGUAUAGUAACAUACAUACAAAAUCUUGUCCCGGUACACGGGGCUCGGGGUCGUUUCAUCAGGUGUAGCAUCUAUCGUCCUAUGUACGAACGUGUUGUACGUGGAGGAAUGAAUGUUGUACCCGGUGUAGCAACUGCGAGACUAUAGGGGACCAUCGGUUAAUGUGUAGCUAUUACAUCUCUGCAACUGGUUUAAGAGAGGCUGUGGGUACAUACUAUAAAUUCAAGAAUUAUUUAGAUUCAUUAUUGUUGGACAUUA